UUUUGCAAAAACAUCCAUGUAGUUUAGUAUAUUCAACCCAAAGCCCUUUAAACAAACACAUCACGCCAGAUCCCCUUCCUCUUCCCCACACACGAGCGGGCGCGCCGCCGCUGUCGCCUUCCUCGCGGAGUCCGUGGCCGUAGGAUCCCCUUCCUCUUCCCCAUGCACGAGCGGGCGCACCGCCGCCACUGCCUGCCUCCUUCCUCGCGGAGUCUGCGACUAAGGGAUCGGUUGGGGCGCAUCAGAUCGAGGCCGGCCUUCGGUGGGGUGCAGUGAGCUCGGGGCAGGAGGCAACUCGAUGAAGAGGAGAUGGGGCGUGGCGCUCCCCUCCUGGUGCGACGCACGACGGAAGGAGGAGGGGUUCGUCCCAAGACGGGAGCUGAGGCCGACGGCGCCCUCUACACAAGCCUCACCAGCGGUGCGGCGGGAGAGCUCCGACCCGUCCAUAGGUGCGCCGAUGCAGGGGUCACCGCCAUCUUCGUCAGGCCACAAGAGUACUCUAGUAACAACCACUGGACGGCAGGUGAAUUCUUUGAAGAUGGUAGAGAACUGGAUCGUGAAGCAACCGCGGAAGAAAUGAAGAUGUUGCAAUACAAUGCUCAAGCUUGCGAUAUUCUCUUCAAUGGAUUGUGUCUCGAAGAAUUCAACAAAAUCAGCCGUCUUGAGAAUGCAAAGGAAAUUUGGGAUACUUUGGUUGAUAUGCACGGAGGUACCGAGUCCGUCAAGGAAUCCAAGUUGGAUGUGCUUCAAAGUUAACUUGACAAGUUCAAGAUGAAGGAUGCUGAAGGAGUCACCAAAAUGUACUCUAGGUUUGCUCUCAUCACAAAUGAGAUUGCCGGCUUAGGAAGUGAAGAGAUGACCGACCAAUUCAUCAUCAAGAAGAUCCUUAGGGCCUUGGAUGGAAAAUAUGAUACCGUUGAAGGAAAUAUGCCCUAGAGGCAAUAAUAAAGUUGUUAUUUUAUAUUUCCUUAUUCAUGAUAAAGGUUUAUUAUUCAUGCUAGAAUUGUAUUGAUCAGAAACUUAA